CCGCCGCCCCGCCCCCGGGAGACAUGACUUCCAAGCCGCAUUCCGACUGGAUUCCCUACAGUGUCUUAGAUGAUGAGGGCAGCAACCUGAGGCAGCAGAAGCUUGACCGGCAGCGGGCCCUGCUGGAGCAGAAGCAGAAGAAGAAGCGCCAGGAGCCCCUGAUGGUGCAGGCCAAUGCGGACGGGCGGCCCCGGAGCCGGCGGGCCCGGCAGUCGGAGGAGCAGGCCCCCCUGGUGGAGUCCUACCUCAGCAGCAGCGGCAGCACCAGCUACCAAGUUCAAGAGGCCGACACAGUUACCAGUGCACAGCUGGGAGCUGCCCGCCCAACAGCACCAGCCUCAGCCAAGAGAACCAAGGCAGCCGCCGCCGCAGCGGGGGGCCAGGGCGGGGCCUCUAGGAAGGAGAAGAAGGGGAAGCACAAAGGCACCGGCGGGCCAGCAGCACUGGCGGAAGACAAGUGUGAGGCCCGAGGCCCGGUGCAGAUCCUGACUGUGGGCCAGUCAGACCACGCCCAGGACGCAGGGGAGACGGCAGCUGCUGGGGGCGCACAGCCCAGCGGGCAGGACCUCCGUGCCACGAUGCAGAGGAAGGGUGUCUCCAGCAGCAUGAGCUUUGAAGAGGAAGAGGAGGAUGAGGACGAGAAUAGCUCCAGUUCUUCCCAGCUGAACAGCAACACCCGCCCCAGCUCGGCUACCAGCAGGAAGUCUGUCAGGGAGGCAGCUUCGGCCCCCAGCCCAACAGCUCCAGAACCCUCGGCGGAUGUUGAGGUCCAGGAUCUCGAGGAGUUUGCACUGAGGCCGGCCCCCCAAGGUAUCACCAUCAAGUGCCGCAUCACGCGGGACAAGAAGGGGAUGGACCGGGGGAUGUACCCCACCUACUUCCUGCACCUGGACCGCGAGGAUGGGAAGAAGGUGUUCCUCUUGGCGGGAAGGAAGAGAAAGAAGAGUAAAACUUCCAAUUACCUCAUCUCUGUGGACCCGACAGACUUGUCUCGAGGAGGGGACAGCUACAUCGGGAAACUGCGGUCUAACCUCAUGGGCACUAAGUUCACCGUUUAUGACAACGGAGUCAACCCUCAGAAGGCAUCAUCCUCUACUUUGGAAAGUGGAGCCCUGCGUCAGGAGUUGGCAGCCGUGUGCUAUGAGACAAACGUCUUAGGUUUCAAGGGGCCACGGAAGAUGAGUGUGAUCGUCCCAGGCAUGAACAUGGUUCACGAGAGAGUCUGCAUCCGGCCCCGAAACGAGCACGAGACACUGCUAGCGCGCUGGCAGAAUAAGAACACGGAGAGUAUCAUUGAGCUGCAAAACAAGACGCCUGUCUGGAAUGACGACACGCAGUCCUAUGUACUCAACUUCCACGGGCGCGUCACACAGGCCUCCGUGAAGAACUUCCAGAUCAUCCAUGGCAAUGACCCGGACUACAUUGUGAUGCAGUUUGGCCGUGUAGCAGAGGAUGUGUUCACCAUGGAUUACAACUACCCACUGUGUGCGCUGCAGGCCUUCGCCAUUGCCCUGUCCAGCUUCGACAGCAAGCUGGCCUGCGAGUAGAGGGCCUCCUUGGGCCCUUUGGGGUUGCCCAGCCUGGAGUGGAGCUGCCUGCCUGCGGAGACAGCCCUGCCUACCGUCUGUACAUAGGCCUCCUGCCAGAUGAACCUUCUGCUCUCGGUGGCUCCCUGGCCCGUCUGCCUCCACUGCUGAGACGGAGGACUAGAUGGGGGAGGGGUGUGUGUGAAGGGACCAGAGUGAAUUCUUCCUGGGCUAUGAGGUCCACACACACCCCCCAACUCUUGGGUUAGCAUCCUGCUGCAAUCACAUUUGUCAAGCUGGGUGGCCUCUUCAGCUGGGAAGGUAGGAAGACGUGUCGAGGGAGAGGAAGCAAAAUGCAGGCCUGCUGGGGCCCACUCAGCCUAGGAGUCGGGACAAUGGGUCCCUAAUAGUGGAGGUGUAUAUUGGGUACAUCAACUUUACACAGAAGGGCAAGUACUUGCUACCAAGUCCUGUGCUAACUAUGGAAAGUCAUCCGGCUUCAGAAGGCCUCUGCCAGGCCGGGAGGACUCGGGUUUGGGAAAGGUGAGGGGCAGGACCUUGUCAGGGCUGUAGGGGCCUGGCUGUGGGAAUUGGUUGGGGACCUAGGGUUCUAGCUCGUUUGAUUUCUCUAGGUUUUCUCUCUGUGCACAGAGGCAGGCAGCAGGAGGCUGGGCCUCUGGGCCAGAUGUCUUAGAGGAUGGGGCCUGCAGGACACAGGUCCACAUGAAGGAGGUACACGGAACAGGCUCCCUGGACCAGGGCUAUAGCUCGGGAGUCCUGUCAACUGCUGGAGGAGCUUUCUGCUGCGCGGCUCCUGCCCAGUCCCCAGUAAAUGUGGACAGGGCCCUGGUCCUCAGCCUGAGUGCACAAAGGUAGGCCGGCCUGGGCCUCCAGUGGGCAGAAAUUCUAGCUCCGUGCUCUUGCCUGUGCUUCAGUUCCUGCUGUGGUCAGUCUAGGCUGUGGCUGAAGACUUCUGUGUGUGGUUCUUCCUGGGUGGGAGUGGGGCAGGUAGAAGAAAGGGAGUAUUUUAGAACCACAAGAGCUGAGGGAUCACAGGUUAGAUGAACUAGUCACUUUAGGUGAAUCAUAAUAGCAAAUGGGACUUGCACUAGGUCACCUGGCUGGUUAGUGGCAGAGUUCAGAACGUCUGCUCCCUUGAUUGCUUUGUACCUACUAUCCCCCAAGAAACUGCUGUCUCUGGUUCUCUGGCCUUCCUGGGACCCAGUCUGCAUACCCUCACCCUUUUGGCUGAUUACAGAGACUUAGAAAUGUCAGAGUUGAUUUGGGAAAUGGAAGCCAUUUCAGUGGGAAAUGGAGCAGUUUCCUGCUGAAAGCUGGCUUUUUGGAUAUCUGGCUGUGUCUGGCUUUGGGGAUGACGGGUGAGGCAUGAGUGUUCCAGGGCUGGGCCUUCUCUCCCUUGAAUCCUCCUCCAAAUGGCACCAUGCACCCUGAGCCUUGGGAACGCUGAGCCAAGCCCUUACCUGUUUUGUCAUUUACCCCGGCAGAGGCUCCUUGCCCAGAUGGAGGUCAGAAGUUAGUGGGAAGCAAGCAGGAGUAGCUCCUCCCUUCAGAGAAGAUGUGCUUGGAAAGGCGGUAUAGAAAUUUUUUUUUUAAUAAGUCCUAAACACUCUAAUGAGGCUCUGCACUGAGGGGGAGUUGUUCUGACCCAGGCAGAAAGUAGUAAGUCUAAGGUUUUCUGUGUAGAGUGUCAUAGCAAGGCACGCCUGUUCUAAUGUGUCUCUGCAGGAGGCCCUUGCCCUGGUCUAGUUUCUGGACAACGCUUGCGGGCAUCCUGAGGGCACUAGGUUUUUGUACACCAGGGCUGGUCCGCCUCCUGAUGACAUACUGUGGGGCUCUCUUCCUCUCCUCACUUGGAGAAGAGAUCUGCUGACAUUUGGGAUGAUGGAAAGUAGAUCACCGAAGGCGGUGGGUCUGUGAUUUUUGAUCCUAGGGAGAGGUGGGAAGCUGGGUGGCGGUGUGGAAAAGGUAGAAGCCCAGUGGCAAACUCUCACGGCCUGCUUUCUUGUCAGAUACUCCAGAGAGCAGAGUAGUUGGAUAGUCUGGUAGGGUCAGGAACGUGGGUUGCGCUACCAGCCUGGCCCAUGGGAAGGCAGCUCAGGAGCAAAGUGCUGUUGAGCACUUAAGAGCAGCUGAGUCAACUGCUUGAGCCCCAGCCUCACAAGGUCUGUUCCUAAGGCCCCAUGCCUGGUAAUGCUGGUUUUCCUGGUCUACUGGCCGAGCCCUGGACCCAAAGACUCAAACAGCUGCCAGGGCCCCUGGAGCCCACCUGGGCUCAGCCUCUCCCACGGUAAGAGCUCUUGCCCUUCAUACCCUCUACUGACUUGGUCCUUGAUAGGCAGGGGCCUGGCUAAGCCCUGAGAGUGGUGGGCAGCUGGGACCUUUGGCAGCUCCUCUGUAACUGCUCCUGGGGCCACCCCCCCAAACUCUACUCCUCCUUUCCCCAAACAGCUCUUCUAUAGAGCAGUGAUGUUCACUUCCCCACUCUUCUCCGACUCUAGCUUUUCUUUCCUUCUGGCUCCAAGGUGCUCUGUGUCUGUCCAUAUGUCUGUGUCUCUGUGUGUAACUGGGGAAAAGGGCAAUCUGCAAAUCACCAACUGAGGUUUCUUCCUACGAUCAUAUUCUAAGGAGGAGUAGGAAAGGAAUAAGGAUAUUAUGAUCACCUGUGCAGUUUGUUUGUUCAUUUCAUGCCCUUUGAUCGGAAAGUAGACCCGGGAAAGUACCAGCUUUCUCCCAAGGGUUCAAGAAAUUUGUCUUUCAGUUCCAUUUCACAUUACCUGAAGAAACUGGCAUGUUACAUGCAUGCUUUUGGAUGAAUUUGAACAUACUCUAGUGAAUGUGCCUUAAAAAUCACGACACUAGUUUAGGGGGAGCAGGUAAGGUCCAGACUCGUGUUGAGGACAGGCGCUGGAGGCCAGCAAGGGUGAUCAUGACUAGCUAGAAGAGAACCUUGGGAGCCUGCAUCCUUCAGUGACAAAAAGGGCAACAAAAUUACAGAAGGCUGUCUUUGGUCUGGAAAUAUGUAGAGGUAAAUGCUCUGCCAGUUUACAUUUAGAGGCAGUUCUAAAUUUAAUAAGCAGGGCCGAGGACUUCAAACUAGUAAGGACAUGCUUUCCUCACAGUGGGGUCUGCAGUGAGCCAUGUCCAUGGCUCUGUUAUGCAAGCACAAAUUAUACUUCCUCUCUGGAGUCCCUGUGUUUCCCUUAGUGUAACACUGGCCUUCCCUUUCUAGAAUUCUUUGCUAAGCUAUACCUGUGACCUCUGGAUACCAGGUGGCCCUCAGAGCACACUUUUCCAGAUAUGGUAAGGAGUCUGCGAUCUUGUGCCCAGCACUGAACUAUAGCAGCCCCCAGGAACAGGCCAAGGUAUGGGCUCUUGUUUUGAGUUUCCUGUCCAUCUGUACCUCCAGUGCAAUUCUGUCAUCUCAUGAUAUGGGGAGGGAGAGGCAUAGCAGAAGUAUUGGGAUAGGUUUAAUUUUCCCACCAAGUUGAGAGGCAAGAUGUCUUAUAGAGAGCACUACUGCACUUAGUAGCUAGGUGAUUCUGAGCAAACCACAUUUUUCCAGAUUGUUUUCUCAUCCACAGCUUGAGGGGGUUGGACUGAUCAGUAAGAUUCGGGGUGAAUUAAAGUUGAUCCCUACUUUCAUCACUACCUUUUCAGGCUCAUCACUGUGCCUUUUUUCUUUCCUAACAACCAUGUCACACUCCUUUCCUCUCCCUUCCCCCACCAAGGUCCAGGCAGCACUAUAGAUUAGGCCAAGAUCCAGAGUUUCCUAGAGAGUAAUUCUGAGUGGCUUAGAAAGGAGGCCUGAGUUACAAAGGGGACUCGGUCAGGAUGGGUGGUACUUCUCUUGCUGGAAACAUACAUUUAGCCAGUUUUCAUAAUGCCUAGAACAUGUAUGUCUAUUUGCACAAGAUUGUCUUUUCCUAUUCUGGAGUGGUCAGACAUUUUAUUUUUGUUCAAAAUUAUCUGGAGUUUUAGACAAACUUGCAAAACUGUGCUUUUAUUAAGUGACUUUUUGAAUAAACUCUUUGGUAUUCUUGAGCAGAUGUAUUUAUUUACUGGUAUGUGCAAUGACAAAGUUGGUAUUUUCCCAUGUUAACAUUAUAUAUGUUGUAGAACUUAAGUGUUUGUCUAAGUACAGACCAUAUAUCAACAAAUUAAACUUGAACUGUUUCAAAUA